GCGUCAGACUUCCCAGUGACUCACUGACUUGCGCUCGCAUUUACAAGUCGAAGUUUUGAGUGCAAAAGACAGUGGGUCCGAAGUGACGCAAACCGAUCUAUCUAUUUCACGGCACUUUUGAUAAAUAUUUUUGUUCUGUUUCCAUAACAAAACGCACAAAGGGAUAAUUCUCUGUUGAUGAAGUCCCACCGCGUGUGGGACGUAGAAAGUGUUGAGGCGCACCUUUAGAUUACUUCAGUGGCCAGAAGUGAAAGACAUUGAUUUUCCUUUCCCCAGCAUUUGCAGCCUGUGCUGGGUUGGUGGAACAUGGGCACGCGGAUCCACAAGGUCUCUGGACUUAUCGUCUCGUUGAUAUUUACCUGUCAUCUAGUGAAUGUGGCUCAGAGCUCCAAGGUGUGGGGAGAAGUGCCGCUGCCCGAGGACCUGGAUUCAUCAAGGACUGUUGUCCAAAGAUCUCAGCGCUUCCUGGACGAUGACGAGGACUUCGCUGCCGAUGAAGCAUCAGGAGAUCUGCCCAGUGGAGAGGAGGAUGGAAGCACGCCAGAACCCACAGUGGUGACUGAGAUCAGCACAACGUACUACAGAGCUCUGGUGAACUUUACAGACUCCAUCGUGUACAGGCCUGACAUGGAGGACAUCUACUCGCUGUCUUUCCAGGAGAUUUCGGAUGCGGUGGUGGACACGUUGGAGUCAGAGUACAACAAGAUCUCAGGCAUCCAGACUGUAAAUGUGGUCCUCAUCAAGAAGAUGCCCAGGCAGAAUGGAGUGGAUGUGUUUGUAGAGCUUGACGUGGGCUCUGACUACAACAACAACGAAAAUCAGAUCCGCAACGUGUUGUAUGGAGUGGUGAAGGAGGGAACCAUCGCCUCCUACAUCACCUCUGUCCAGGGAUUCCAGUUCAGACGCCUGGGAGAAGCUCUGCCCCUUGUGAACCCCAUGGCUGUCCCAGUGAUCCCCAACCCUCUGCCCUGCAUGAAGGAUGAGCACACGUGUCAGGAUGGGGGUUGCAUCCCUCUGGAGUACCUGUGUGACAACAGACCUGAUUGCAAUGACAUGAGUGAUGAGCUGGAUUGUGAUCAGAUUCAACCUGGACCAGUGACCCCCACCCCUCCCACCACCACCCCCAUCAAGAAGUCCACACGCCCCCUUGGCCCCCUAGGGCCCUGCAAAGUGGACCAGGCCACCUGCCAGAACGGGGAAUGUGUCCCCAGAGACUACCUGUGCGAUGGAGAGAGGGACUGCUCUGACGGCAGCGACGAGUUCAGAUGUGGCACUCCCUCUCCCUGUGAACCCAAUGAGUUCAAGUGUAAGAACGGCCGCUGUGCUCUCAAGCUGUGGCGCUGUGAUGGAGACAACGACUGCGAGGACAACUCAGACGAGACCGACUGCCCCACCAGAGGUCCAGGUGACACGUGUGCCCCAGAGCAGUUUGUGUGCCUCAGUGACCGCACCUGCAUCCCAUCUAGCUACCAGUGUGAUGAGGAGCCCGACUGCCCUGACCGCUCGGAUGAGGUCGGCUGCACUCCUCCCACAGUGACCAGUCCCCCGGAGGAAUCUAUUGAGGCGGAGCGGGGGGAGACGGUGACUUUCAACUGUGUGGCAGUUGGUGUUCCCACCCCCAUCAUCACCUGGAGGCUCAACUGGGGCCAUAUCCCCAUCAGUGGCAGGAUCUCAAUGACCAGUGAGAAUGGGCGUGGCAGCCUGACCAUCCGUGACGUAAAGGAGGCGGACCAGGGGGCGUACACCUGCGAGGCCAUCAACGCCAAAGGCCUUGUGUUUGGUAUCCCUGACGGGGUGCUCAGCCUCACACAGAAACCAGGAAACUGUCCCGACGGUCACUUCAGUGUGGAGGGACGUUGUAUCUCCUGCUUCUGCUUCGGCAUCACCAAGAACUGUGGGAACACUGGACGCUACCGAAACCAGAUCAAUCUGCGCUUCACUGACGAGGACGACUUCAAAGGAGUGAACGUGACUUACCCCUCUCGGCCGGGCACCCCUCCUCUCUCCUCCACUCAGCUCCUCAUCAACCCAGAGGAAGAGGAGUUCCAGCUAGUCGACCUAUCACGGCGCUUCCUCAUCCUUGAUUCAUUUUGGACGCUGCCACGCCAGUUCCUGGGAAACAAGAUUGACUCCUAUGGAGGGUCCCUGAAGUACAAGGUGCGCUACACGCUGGCCCGUGGCGAGACUGAGCCUGAGGAGAAACCAGACGUGGUCCUGACCGGGAACGGUCAGAGACUGGUCUACCGCAGGGGCAACCCCACCCCCUCCAGAGAGGUCAACCAGAAGGAGAUCAAGUUUAUUGAGGACAACUGGCAGCACUCAUCGGGUCGCCAGGUGUCCCGUGAGGACCUGAUGAUGACGCUGGCCAGCCUGGAGAGCAUUAGCAUCCGCACCGUCUACGACAACCACAUGGUGAGCGUGGCGCUCAGCGACAUCGUCAUGGACACCACCACUGUGGAGUACAACAUCCAUGACAAUGCCAAAGAUGUGGAGGAGUGCAGGUGUCCCCCUGGCUACUCAGGACUGUCCUGUGAACAGUGCUCCACUGGCUUUGAGCGUGUGUCUGGGGGGAACUUCCUGGGAUCCUGUGCUGGAUGUAACUGUAACGGACACGCCAGCGCCUGCGACCCCAUCAGUGGACAAUGUCUGAGCUGUCAGCACAACACUGAAGGUCCUCAGUGUGACAAGUGCAGACCAGGCUACUUCGGUGACCCCAGACGAGGUCGCCCCGAUGACUGCAAGCCCUGUCCCUGCCCAUACACUGAGACAUCCCGCAGGUUCUCCGACACCUGUUUCCUGGACCAUGACUCCCAGGCCACGUGCGACGCCUGCGCGCCAGGCUACACCGGCCGUCGCUGUGAAAAGUGUGCAUCUGGGUAUCAGGGUAACCCAUUGCAGCCCAAUGGCAAAUGUUUUACAACCCCAAACUCAAAGUGUGAUAUUCGAGGAACAGUGAAUUCCAACAGCAGACCAUGCGCCUGCAAGUCCAACGUGGCGGGGUCGCAGUGUGACGAGUGUAAGAGCGGCUCCUUCCACCUGACGGAGGACAACCCAGAGGGCUGUCUGCAGUGCUUCUGUAUGGGCGUCACCAAGCAGUGUGUCAGCUCCACGUGGAGCCGAGACCAGGUCCGUGGCGGUGUGAAUGGUCAGCUCUUCUCCCUCUCCAACGGAGCCAAUACCAGAACCAUCACAGACGGCAUCGCUCAGAGAGGCUCCUCGGAGGUGGCGUACCGCUCCUUCUCUGACAUCCCCAAGGACAUCUACUACUGGGUCCUACCAGACAGCUUCAGAGGAGACAAGGUGACAGCCUACGGCGGGGAGCUGCGCUACACUGUGCAUUACGAGCCCCGGCAACGCUCCCUGGUGAUUGACAGACAGCCAGACGUGGUUCUCCAAGGCAACGGCAUCUUCCUGGAACACUUCUCCCAGAUUAAGCCCCUCCCCCCCGCCACUGUCACUGUCACCUUCAGAGAAUCUGCAUGGAAGCGUGCUGAUGGACAGCCCUGCACACGUGAACACCUCCUCAUGGCCUUGGCUGACACUACAGUCUUCAUGAUCAGAGCCACCUACGCUGUCAACAUGGUUGAGUCCAGUCUCUCAGACAUCCGGAUGGACAUUGCAGUGCCACAUUCCACAGGCAACGAACGGGCCCUGGAAGUGGAGGAGUGUGCCUGUCCCCAGGGCUACAACGGUCCAUCAUGUCAGGAGUGUGAUGUGGGCUACACCCGUACAGGCUCUGGGCUCUACCUGGGUACCUGUGAGAGGUGCGACUGUAACGGCCACGCCAGCGGCUGUGACCUGGAGACAGGCGCGUGCUUGCAAUGCCUUCACAACACGGCCGGCCCAAGGUGUGAGCGCUGUUUGCCAGGUUUCUACGGCAACCCUAUGACGGACGGACCUCAGGCUUGUCAGUCCUGCCCCUGCCCUGGCACUUCCCCCAGCAACCAGUAUUCUCUGUCUUGCUACAAGGAUGCGGACGGUCAGCCGACAUGUGAUAACUGUCCCCCUGGCUCCACCGGCCGGCGCUGCGAAAGAUGUGCUGCUGGGUACACAGGCAACCCCCAGCUUGGACAAACGUGUAUUGUUGGCAACAAUGAUCUGAAUGGUAAUUGCUACGACUGUGAUCAGAGAGGAAGUGAAGGAUGCAAUGGAAAUGGUGUGUGUCGCUGCAAGAUGAACGUUGAGGGCCCUGAUUGCUCAAACUGUAAGCAGGGAACCUUCCACCUCAGCACAGACAACAAAGAUGGCUGCCUGUCCUGCUUCUGCAUGGGAGUCACUCAACAGUGCUCCAGCUCCUCCCACGACAGAGACCAGGUGUCAUCCGUCUUUACCCCAGGCAACUUCCAGGGCUUUGCUUUGGUCAACCGGCAGCUCACCAACCGUAUCUCCACCGGAUUCACCGUGGAGGUGUCCACUGACGGCACCCAGCUCUCCUACAGCAACUUUGACUACCUGGACCAGGAGCCCCACUAUUGGCAGCUGCCCGAGGCUUUCCAAGGGGAUAAGAAGGACGCUUUCUUUGCUCGUAUGAGACGAGCGCACCAGGAACAAGUGAAGAAGCUGGAUGAUGAGAUCUGGGCAAUCCUCUCCAACUUUCCAGCCGACUCUCCUCCCUUCCCUCCCUCCUCUUCCUCUGAGAGGAAGGUCCCCAGCGCCUCGUUUCGGGCCGGGUCUCGUACCCCCCUGAGGCCCCCCUCUCCCCCUUCCUCCCUCUCUGGUAUCUCCUCCCAGGUACGGCCUACUAGUCCUCAGCCAGCCUCCCCAGGUCACUCUCCUCGACAGAAGACUCAACAGCGGGGGACCAAGAACAUAGUGGGUCCUCCUAGUGCUCCCAGUGGCCCCGGGCCUGCAGGGGCCUCCAGCCAGUACGCUUUGUUCUACAAAGGUUUCAGCUUGCACCCGGAUGACACGCUCUACUGGCAGCUCCCAGAGCAGUUCAUAGGGGAUAAGGUGAACUCGUAUGGUGGGAAGCUGAAGUAUACCAUCUCCUAUGUAGCCGGCCAGAGAGGAACAGCCAUCGAAGACGCUGAUGUUCAGAUUAUUGGAAAUGACAUCACCCUGGUGGCUCGCCAGCUGUGGCAGAGGGGAAAGGGGACAAGAGAGUCCCGCCAGUUUGAGCUCGUCUUCAGAGAGGAGAACUGGCGUCGCCCAGACGGCAUGCCUGCCACUAGGGAGCACCUGAUGAUGGUGCUGGCUGACCUGGAUGACAUCCUGGUACGGGCCUCCUACUACACAGAGAUGAGGUCCUCCAGCAUCUCCGAGGUCAGCAUGGAGGUGGCCGUGCCCAACUACAGUGGCCGUGCUCAGGCUCUAGAGGUGGAGCAGUGCCGCUGCCCGCCCGCCUACCAGGGACUCUCCUGUCAGGACUGUGCCCCUGGCUACACUCGUACCGGAGGGGGCCUGUACCUGGGCCACUGUGAGCUGUGUGAGUGCAACGGGCACUCUGACUCCUGCCACCCCGAGAAUGGCAUCUGCACGAGCUGUCUGCACAACACCCAGGGAGAGCUGUGUGAGCAGUGUGCCCCAGGUUUCUAUGGGGAUCCCACCGCUGGAACCCCAGAGGACUGCCAGCCCUGUGCCUGCCCUCACACCGACCCUGACAACCAGUUCUCCCCCACCUGUGAGAGCCUUGGUAACGGUGGUUAUCAGUGUACUGCUUGCCAGCCUGGAUACACUGGCCAGUACUGUGAGCGCUGUGCAACUGGAUACGUUGGAAAUCCACAAGACAGGAUUAAGUGUCGUCCAUUCAAUACAGCGGCAGCCUCCCUGGUGGUGAAAGUGUACCCUGAGAGGGUUUUGGUGGCCCAGGGCAGCCCAGUGACCCUGCGGUGCCAGGUGACCGGCCCUCCACCCCACUACUACUACUGGUCCAGGGAGGAUGGACGCCCCGUGACCAACAGCGCCGUCAGACAAAGACAAGGAGAGGAGCUGCAUAUCCCCAGUGUUCAGCCCAGUGACACAGGCAUGUAUGUCUGUACCUGCAGAGACCAACGCAACACCAACAGGAGCCGCGCUGAGAUUGUCGUCACAACUGUCUCGUACAAACCCAUUCAGGUGACCAUCGAGGAGCCCAAAGCACGGAGUGUCACAGUUGGCGCAACAGUCAGCUUCAUCUGCACAGCCAAGAGCCAGUCUCCAGCCUACACCCUGGUGUGGACUCGGCGGGGUAACGGCAAGCUGCCCAACAGAGCCAUGGACUUCAACGGCAUCCUGACCAUCCAGAACGUCCAGCCUGAGGACGCUGGCAUCUACGUGUGUACAGGCUCCAACAUGUUUGCCAUGGACGAGGGUACAGCCGUCCUCUACGUGCCAGAGGCCUCACAGACUCAGAUGUUUUACACGACCUAUGAAAUGUUGGAAGGACAUGGAAAGCCUCGCGAGGCGGCCCAGCCAGUGGCUACUGUCACUCCCUCUGUCCUGACCAUCCAGCAAGGAGGCCAUGCUGAGUUCCACUGUACUGUGACUGGCAACCCUACCCCUGCCAUCGAAUGGAUAGGUCCCAGUAAUAGGAUGAGCCCCAAUGCUGUGGUCCGUGGAGGGGUCCUGACCAUCCCUGCUGUGGAGAGGGAGAAUGGGGGGGAGUACGUCUGCAAGGCCCUCAACACCCACGGAGAACACACAUCACGGGCUGUCCUCCACGUCAGUGGUUCCCAAACUGUGGGUCGGGACCCACUUGUGGGUCACAGCAGGGGUCCAGCUUCAGGUGCCAGCCUGCCCCACGUGCAGGUGAGCCCCCAGAGGGUGGACAUCUAUGAGGGUGAGACUCUGAGGCUGUACUGCAGGGCUGGAGGCAGGCCCAGCCCCGGACUCACCUGGAAGAAACAGGAAGGACAACUCCCCCCGCAGGCCAUUCCUUCUCACGGUUUCCAACAGUUUAAAAGCAACAGUCUCGAUGUGUUACAGAGACGUAUUGAGGAGCUGCAGGCCAGUAUGGAGCGCACAGACAUUGGCACCCUGCUAAUCCCUAACAUCAAGUCGUCUGACUCUGGCACCUACUUGUGUGUGGGCACCAACUCCAUCGGAUCCUCAGAGGCUCGCAUCGAGGUCACCGUCAAUAGAGCAAUAGGAGGAGACACCAUCUCAUCAGCCAUCACCAUCCAGCCCUCCAUAGCUGACAUCCAGGAGGGACAGAGCCUGGACCUCAACUGUUUUGUCCCUGGUAACCCCCCACCUGCUGUCACCUGGAGGAGGGAAAGUGGACGCCUGUCCGCCAAUCACCAGGUUCUGGGCACCAAGCUGCGAAUCCUCUCGGCCGGUCCAGAUGACUCUGGGAAGUAUAUCUGUCUUGUGGAGGGAGGGCCUGGUACUCCUGUGCGUCAGGCCUCAGUCUCUGUCUCAGUCACUGCCACCUCCUCUCGUCUGCAGACCCCCAUCAUCUCCAUUGAGCCCCAAAGUGCAGCGUUGCGACAGGGAGAGUCAGCCAGCUUCAAGUGCAGAGUCUACGGUGGAGCAGAGCCCAUACGGCUGGAGUGGAAACUGUCCAACAACCAGCCCCUUCCUGAUAAUGUGAAGGUUGGCCAUUACGGCACUGUCAUCACCAUCGCUGACGCCCGCCCUAGCAACCAGGGCACCUACAACUGUGUGGCUACCAACCUGUUUGGAAUCACCCAGAGUAUCGUCUCUCUGAUCAUCAGAGAGUCUCCUGUAGCGACCGUCACCCCUCAGGGGCCCGUGCGAGUCAGGAUGGGUGAACCCAUUAACCUGGAGUGCCAGGCUUCCGGGGAGCCACGCCCAUCUGUCACAUGGCACAGACUGGACAGCGCCCGCAACACCAUGCUUAGCAGCCCUGUGCCCAUGGAGUCAAACGCUGUCAUGCAGGUCCUAGUGGCCCGUCCAGAGGACAGUGGUACCUACGUGUGCACAGCCCACAACGACGAGGGCACCACAGAGACCAGGGUGGAGGUGAUCGUGGAGGGGGCUGCCCAGGUGCCCGUCACGCCCCGUGCCUCUGUGCCCGAUCCCCUCAUGGUGGUGGUGGAGGGACAGAGCACCACACUGAGAUGUGACGCUCACGGCUUCCCUGUCCCUAAGAUCACGUGGUCUAAGCUGCGUGCCCCUCUCCCCUGGAGACAUAAGGUAGUGGACAACACGCUGAUCCUGCCCAAUGUUGGCCGGGCAGAUUCUGGAGAGUACAUCUGCAACGCCACCAACAGCAUGGGCACCACCGAAGUCACCAUCAUGCUGGACGUGGAGACUCCUCCCUAUGCCACCUCCCUGCCCGACGACGUGGCAGUGCGUGUGGGCGAGGUGAUCCGGCUGCAGUGCCUGGCCCAUGGUACUCCCCCCCUGCUCUUCCAGUGGACCAAGCUGAAUGGCAGCCUGUCCACCAGGGCCGACGUCCAAGGAGGAGACCUCCAGAUUAACCUAGCCACACCCGAGGACGCUGGCACCUACAAGUGUGUCGCCACCAACAACGUGGGCACCAGUGAAGCACAUGCCACAGUCACUGUCAGGUCCCCCCUGGCAGUGCGUGUGUCUCCUCAGGUGGAGGUAAAGGCCCGGGGUAGUGCUGUAGAGUUUACCUGCUCUGCUGCAGGAGGCCUGGGGACCACCAUGGAGUGGCUGAAGGAGGGAGGAGCCCUGCCCCCCAACCAUCACAUCAAAGAUGGGGUGCUGAGGAUUGAGAACCUGGAGCAGCGCAACGAGGGCAUCUACAUCUGCAGAGCCACCAGUGUUCACGGCCAGGCCCAGGACUCCGCCAAGCUUACCAUCCAAGCCCUGCCCAAGGUGAUGAUCAACGUACGUACCGCUGUGCAGACAGUGAUGGUGGGUAACUCCGUGGAGUUUGAGUGCCAGGCAAUCGGCGAGCCCCAGCCCACGGUGCGCUGGAGCAGGGUGGGAGGGCCCCUGCCGGCACACAUCAUGGUGAAGGGAGGCAUGCUGAAGAUCGAGCAGGUGUCUGAUGCUGACGCUGGACAGUACCGCUGCACUGCCACCAACAACGUGGGCUCUGUGCAGUCUCAGGUGGUCCUACAUGUCCAGUCCCUACCCCAGAUCGCAGCUCUGCCAGAGCUGAACGAAGUGACAGUGGGAUCAGAUGCUGUCCUGCCCUGUGUGGCAUCAGGAUACCCAGUGCCUGCCAUCGAAUGGUCCAAGCUGGAUGGGGAACUCCCUCCUAAGUGUAGACAGGUAGUCAACACCUUGACGGUUCCCGAAGUGACCCACGAGGAUUCUGGCAUCUACGUGUGCACUGCCUCCAACAAGCAGGGCAAAGUGGAGGCCUUAACGACCCUCAAAGUCCAUGAUCGAGUGAUGCCCUAUUUCACCCAGGAGCCCCUGUCCUAUCUCACUCUGCCCACCAUCAAGAACGCCUACAAGUCCUUCAGCAUCAAGAUCAGCUUCAGGCCAGACAAUCCUGAUGGUAUGAUCAUCUACAAUGGACAGAAGAGGACCAUGGGAGCAGACUUCAUCUCUCUGGGGCUGGUGGGAGGCAGGCCUGAGUUCAGGUUUGAUGUGGGUUCUGGCAUGGCCACCAUCCGCUACCCCACCCCCAUCAAACUGGGAGAGUUCCACACCAUAGAGCUCUACCGCAACCAAACCCAGGGCUCCAUCAUAGUGGACAGGGAGGCCCCCGUCAAUGGGAGCUCACAGGGAAAGUUCCAGGGACUGGAUCUAAACGAGGAGUUGUAUGUGGGUGGUUACCCCAACUACACCCUCUUGGCCAAGACAGCUGGCCUCAAGACCGGCUUUGUCGGGUGCAUCCGUAAGCUGGUCAUCCAAGGUGAUGAGAUCAUCUUCAAGGAUCUGCAGCGCAGCUCCACGGGCGUGUCCAACUGUCCCGUCUGCACUGACCGCCCCUGUCAGAAUGGAGGGAUGUGCCAGGACUCUGAGGCCAGUCUGUACAAGUGUAGCUGUCCCAGAGGAUUCACAGGGAGUAACUGUCAGCAUCACUCCUCCCUGCACUGCCACCCAGAGGCUUGUGGACCAGACGCCACCUGCAUCCACCGUCAGAACACCCUGGGCUACGACUGUCGAUGCCACCUGGGCAAGUCUGGAAACAAGUGCAUGGACGGUGAAUUGGUGACUACUCCCCUGUUUGACGGUACGGACUCGUACAUUGCAUACCCUCCUCUGACCAACAUCCACAACGACCUGCGCAUCGAGAUGGAGUUCAAACCCAUGGCCCUGGACGGCCUGAUGUUCUUCAGUGUGGGCAAGAAGAUGAAGACGGAGGACUUUGUCUCCCUGGAGAUGGUAGACGGAUACGUGCAAUUCCGCUAUGAACUGGGGACUGGCCAAGCCGUCCUGCGCAGUCCUGAGCCGAUCACCCUUGGCCAGUGGCACCGCGUGGAAGCCGGGCGCCUCGACAAGGACGGCUCUCUGACGGUUGACGGUGGCCGGGAGGUCAGGAGGUCGUCACCUGGCAAGGCCCAGGGCCUGAACAUCCACACCCCCAUGUACCUGGGAGGAGUCCCCAACUUGGAGAUCGUACCCAAGACGCUUAACAUCAGUGAUAUGUUUUAUGGAUGCGUUGGAGAGGUGUCCAUCAAUGGUAAGAAGGUGGACCUGUCCUACAGCUUCACAGAGAGCAUGGCCAUCGUCCAGUGUAAGGACAACAGUCCCUGUGACCGUAACCCCUGUCUGAACGGGGCGAGAUGCAUGCCCACUGCUGAGUAUGAAUACCAGUGUCUCUGCAAGGAUGGCUUCGAGGGUGAGCGCUGUGAGGUGGUGAGGGACACCUGCCAGAGCAGUGACCAGUGCCAGAAUGGAGGCAGCUGUGUGAAUGGCCAGUGUGUGUGUCCCGUAGGCUUCAAUGGCCCCAUCUGUGGACAGAAUGCCCCCAUUGAGUAUGCAGCUCAUUUCUAUGACAACGGUUACCUUGCUCUUCCCAAGACGAUCUUCCCCAGAAGCGGCCCUGACGCUCCAGAGACCAUCGAGAUGGAGCUCAAGGUCAACACCUCCUCCAAAGAGGGCCUGAUCCUGUGGCAGGGAGUAGAGCUUGGAGAUCAAGGAAAGGGCAAGGACUUUAUAAGUCUUGGUCUGCAAAACGGACACGUAGUCUUCAGCUACCAGCUAGGCAGUGGAGAGUCUCAGAUACAGUCCAGGGAGCCCAUCAAUGAUGGCAGAUGGCACAAGGUCACUGCCGUGAGAACUGGUAAACAGGGAUAUAUUCAGAUAGACGGAGCAGCCAUUCAACGAGGACAAUCACAAGGCAAAAGCAUCAUGGUGAACACCAAAGGCAACGUAUACCUGGGGGGAGCCCCAGAUAUAUCUGCGAUGACGGGAGGGAAGUUCUCCUCGGGGCUCACAGGCUGUGUGAGGAACCUGUCUCUGAUGAACGCCCGGCCGGGAGAUCAGCCAGCCAGACCCAUCGAGCUGCAGGCCGCCGCAGAGAAUGGCAUCAACGUUGGGCGCUGCUCCUCAUAGACCUAUAGCAGCCCCCACCUACACACACACACACACCCAGAGACUAUGGAGACAAGAUUAAAUCAGACUCACUGAGAGACUUGCCCAUAUACAUACAGUCAGUUUGAGAAAAAAAACACGGUGCUUUGCUGCUACCAAAAACAAAGCUACACAACAAAAUUAUAUUUUGCUCUCUGUGCAUUGAACCAAAAGAAAAAGUGAACAAAUACUAACAAGUCUUCACUUGCUUAGUGUUGUAUUCUCAAUGAAGGACACAGGAGAUCCAGUACAGUUUUCAUACUCCCAGCAGUAGCUUUUAGUCAUGAGAAAGAGUCAAAUGCCAUAGGCCUUCUACAAUGGAUCAGAUCCUAUGGAGUUGGAGAUGUUUUUACAGCACUGAAUAUUUUUAUUUAUAUACACAUAUAUAUAUAUAUAUUAUAUAUUUGUGGGGGAAACAUGCAAACUAACCAUAACUGCUCUUUGUCCUAGAGUUGAUUCUGGGUUCUAAUACUAUGUGUCCAGGGCUUUUUUUAUAGGGCCUAGUUGUGUUAAUACUUGCAGACAUUAAAGCCUUCUUUCUUCACUUCUGUAGGGGAAAUGUAGCGGUGAGCAUGCUUACAGACGUGUUACGCUAUUGGGGGAGGGGUCAUGGCACAAAGCAUCACCAAGACACAUCUCAGGGGAAGACAGGAUUUUAAAAACAGGCAGAACGCUAUUAGAAGUACUCGUGCUUUUCGAUUCUACCAAAUCGUUUCUGAUCUGUUUCUGAAAUCACUUGCUUUCCCACACCUAGCAUGGUUGCCAUUUUGUGUCUGUAAAACUUUUUAUUUUUUUACUUGGUGCUAUUAAGUUAGACAUGGAAAUACAGCCCACUAGCGGUUAUUUGUCUGUCUAGUACAUGUGUUUCUUCAUUUCUACAUUUGAAAGAAUAUCAGUGUAAAACACAUGCUACACGUGCCUACUUUCUUUCACCUCUCCUGAGGUUGGGGAGGUUGUGGUGUUCUCCAGAUAUGCAUGAGAUCUGAGGUUUGUUUUAGUAUAAGCUGAAAUCGUCAUCGUUUACGUGUCUCCACCGACGUCCCAUUUGAUUGAGUAGAUCUCAAAAGACGUCAAGGUGUUUUAAAGAAUGAAUGGCGAUUUGUAUUGUGUUUUUAUUAUGAGUGGUUCUGAGAAUUCUAAGACAUUUUGUGAUUUUACUUCUGCAGUCAGCCAUGUGGCAACUAUCUGCCAGUCAGGUAAAAUAUCAGUUUAGUCUGAGUGUGUGUGAGUGGCUACAUGUGUACUUAUAAGUUCAGUAUGCAUGUGUUGCCCCUCAACCCCCCCCCCCCCCCACCCUCUCUUUAAGCCCCUAUUAGAUGCUUGUGUAUGAACUGUAUAUGUGUACUGAAAGCGAGUGUGUACUGUUACUGUGUGUGUGUGUGUGUGUGUGUGUGUGUACUGAAUGUGAGUCUCGCCAUCUAAAUCCUCAGGAGGGUCACCGCAGAACUGACUUCAGGUUCAGUAGCAACUAGCCUUGGUUACAGUCUUCUAGAAACUAACAAGUCUGAUAUUGAACUCUUUAACAGCUGCAUCAUUUUGUUAGCUGUUGUGCCUAACACUGUAUGGAAGCACAUUCAUGCCAACAUAAUUUUUUUAUUGGGGUAGACAUAUUGGAGGGGGACUAACGGACACACAGCAGUCAGAGUCGAUUACUUUAGGAGAAAGCAGUUGCAACCUCCCUGGUGGGGUGCUCGCUAGCUGUGACCUAUGUAGCUCCAAUGAGCAUGCUCACCCACACUGGUUAACCUCAUGAGAAAUAUGGCAUCAAAAUUCACAUCACGAGGUUCACAAACUUUUCACUUUUUGUAAUCUUAAGAUUAUGUUGAUUAAUAUUCUGAAAAUGAGCACCAUCAGUUAACUUAAAGUUGCUUCAUUUGUAUUUAUAUUUGUUUCUUUUAAAAUGUUAUAUCUUCAUUUCAGGCUUGAUUCUGCUGUUGUAGAGCAAUCAGAAAAGCUUGGCAUCAUUUUCUUGGGUUAUUGUGUAUUGCCUCCCCACAUCCCCCUGUUCCCUUCAUGUUUGGUUUUAAUACCUUUCCUCCAUGAGUGUCUUGCCCCCCUGGCGUUCCCACCAUGACCCCUCAGUCCAUACAGUCUCAGUGGAGUGUCUGUGCAACAACUGUGGUAACCAACAGUAACAUCAGCCUGAGAAGGGGUUGUCAACUGGUUUGUGCUAGAGCUAAAUGGAUGUGUACUUUGUGUAUUUCUACAUCUACAGUUGAAGUCGGAAGUUUACAUACAGUGAAUUAUAAGUGAAAUAAUCUAAGUGUAUCACAAUUCCAGUGGGUCAGAAGUUUACAUACACUAAGUUGACUGCCUUUAAACAGCUUGGAAGAUUCCAGAAAAUUAUGUAAUGGCUUUAGAAGCUUCUGAUAGGCUUAUUUGAGUCAAUUGGAGGUGUACCUGUGGAUGUAUUUCAAGGCCUACCUUCAAACUCAGUCCCUCUUUGCUUGACAUCAUGGAAAAAUCUAAAUAAAUCAGCCAAGACCUCAGAAAAACAAUUGUAGACCUCCACAAGUCUGGUUCAUCCUUGGGAACAAUUUCCAAAUGCCUGAAGGUACCACAUUAAUCUGUACAAACAAUAGUAUGCAAGUAUAAACACCAUGGGACCACGCAGCUGUCAUACCGCUCAGGAAGGAGACGCGUUCGGUCUCCUAGAGAUGAACGUACUUUGGUAUGAAAAGUGCAAAUCAACCUUGUGAAGAUGCUGGAGGAAACGGGUACAAAAGUAUCUAUAUCCACAGUAAACAAGCCCUAUAUCGACAUAACCUGAAAGGCCGCUCAGCAAGAAAGAAGCCACUGCUCCAAAACCGCCAUAAAAAUGCCAGACUAAGAUCAUACUUUUUUGGAGAAAUGUCCUCUGGUCUGAUGAAACAAAAAUAGAACUGUUUGGCCAUAAUGACAUUCAUUAUGUUUGGAGGAAAAAUGGGGAGGCUUGUAAGCCGAAGAACCACAUCCCAACCGUGAAGCACGGGUGUGGCAGCAUCAUGUUGUGGGGUUGCUUUGCUGCAGGAGGGACUGGUGCACUUCACAAAAUAGAUGGCAUCAUGAGGGAGGAAAAUUAUGUGGCUAUAUUGAAGCAAUAUCUCAAGACAUCAGUCAGGAACUUAAAGCUUGGUCGCAAAUGAGUCUUCCAAAUGGACAAUGACCCCAAGCAUACUUCCAAAGUUGUGGCAAAAUGGCUUAAGGACAACAAAGCCAAGGUAUUGGAGUGGCCAUCACAAAGCCCUGAUUUCAAUCCUAUAGAACAUUUGUGGGCAGGCAGAACUGAAAAAGCGUGUGCGAGCAAGGCCUUCAAACCUGACUCUGUUACACCAGCUGUCAGGAGGAAUGGGCCAAAAUUCACCCAACCUAUUGUGGAAGGCUACCCGAAACAUUUGACCCAGGUUAAACAAUUUAAAGACAAUGCUACCAAAUACUAAUUGAGUGUAUGUAAACUUUCUGACCCACUGGGAAUGUGAUGAAAGAAAUAAAAGCUGAAAUUAAUCAUUCUCUCUACUAUUAUUCUGACAUUUCACAUUCUUAAAAUAAAGUGAUGAUCCUAACUGACCUAAGACAGGGAAUUUCUACUAGGAUUAAAUGUCAGGAAUUGUGAAAAACUGAGUUUAAAUGAUUUUGGCUAAGGUGUAUGUAAACUUCCGACUUCAACUGUAUAUACAGUAUGGCUCUGCAUUGGGCUAUCCGAUUAGAUUACAAAAUUGAGGAUUAGGCUAAACUACUGUAUGUUACACUCUUUGAUUGUGUUACCAUUACUUAUUGGGGCAUGUUAGUGUGUUAAUUGCGGAGUUGUGGCCAAAACACAGCAUAAACACAGAUGAGAAACUGUCACACAAAUCAUGAAUACAUUGAAAGCCCUAUGUGUGGUCUUAAUCAUAAGAUAAACCUGGGUAUGAAUGAUGUACUGAUUAUUUAUGAAGUAAAUAUGGGCGCUUUCAUUAUUGAUGAAGAUAUUAUAUUAACCUUUUUUGAAAUGGUUAUUAUUGUCUGUUUCAUUUUUAGAUUAAAGGCAAAUGUUGAAAAAGAGUCACAAUAUUCUAGUGAAUGGAAGUGUACUACACAAAAUGUUAUUGUCCAUUGGAUGAUAAUGCUCGUGUUCCUGACCUUCCCAAGGGUUUCUUUAUUAAAACAACAUUCAUGUGCUAUUUAUAA